AUGUCUGAGGGCGAAAAAGCCAGAACCUCCGGAGAGGUCUCUCGUCCGGAGCCUACCCUGCCCACCGUCAAUCCCGCUGUUGAUAAGGCAGAGCCCCCGAAGCCUGCCUUCCACCCUGCUGUCUAUGUCGGUGUCUGGAUCACUUUGAGUUCCAGUGUCAUCUUGUUCAACAAGCAUAUCCUUGAUUAUGCCCAGUUCCGUUUUCGUACGUUGCUCGUAACUUAUCUCGAUAUCGUCCCGCAGUCCAACUAA